GAUUUUUUUUUUCGUUUCGCUGUGGAUUUUUAGGUAAAAUGACUGUCACUGCAAAGUAGAAUUGGUGACACAAAAAAUAAGCCAUAAUAUGAAUUUCUAGGUGAAAAAUUGAAAGGGUUAUGAUUUUUGAAAGAUAAGGAGGAAAAAAACUAAAAUGCAAAAACUGAAAAACCCUGCGUCCUUAAGGGGUUAAAAAGAAAAAAAAAGUUUUCCACCGGAGUACCCCUUUAAACUUUAAACAUGACUAUGGGAUUCUACCAGGGAAAUCAUGUUUUAUAGUAAAUGCCCCUUCCUGGAUCCUCCCACUGCCCUAUCUUCAUCAGUAAAUCAGCACACAAAAAGGAGAAGACAGCAGCUUCUGCCCAACUACCUCUCUCUGCUAGAAGAGCUUAGAAGAACUUGGUGGAACAGCUUCUUGGAUUCAACUAAUGGAUCCUCCCAGACAACCAUUUGGGGGCUCUCGCUUUCCCACGCCCUUUGGAGUUAAGCUGUCAUCACCUGAAUCCAAAGAAGGAGCCACUGGGAGAGCUGCUUCUCUCUCUAGAGGUCAUGCAUUGGAGGGAGCUGUCGGUUUUGACCCAACAGUUAAGGAGCCGCUGGAUCCCAGAAAUGUGCUGCCUUCUCUGUUUCGUGGAUUGGGCUUUGAAACACAGCCACCUGUUUCUCCUGGUCGAGUGGGACCCUUUGUGGGCAGAGGAAUGCUCAGGGAUAUUGGCCAAGGCGAAGGCUCUACCCCUCAACCUAGUUCAUCUAUUAGCCCACCUUUUAAACCUCCCGAAUGUAUGCAUUUAAGUAGUGGUGAUUCAGCUGUUCAUAUUGGAAGAGCUAGAUUUCCAAUGAGCUCUGCAGUUGGUGAACAGUCCAUGCCAAUCUUUCCUGGUAGGGGUUUAGGAAGACAACAAAUAUCUGCAGUCCUAAGCACACCAGUUCCUAAAGUAGGGGGCUUAUCUACUGAAUCCUCAGUAAAACCCGAGGAAAGGAGGUCUCCAGUGAGCUCUCUUGCUGCAGGAGUGUCACUGCCAAGCUUUCUUGGUAGGGGUUUAGGAAGGCAAGAAAUGACUCAAAUCCCGAGCACCGCACCUCCUGGCAGAGUGAGCCCUCCUGCUGAAACAGUUGUCAAAAGAGAGGAGAAGAGUGAACCACUGAUUAAACAAGGCUCUAAGGGAACCACCACUCCACUAGGCAUUAACCUGAUUAAGAUCCACUGCAAGAAUGAAGCUGUGUAUCAGUACCACGUCACAUUUACACCAAAUGUGGAAUGUCGCAAUAUGCGAUUUGGCAUGUUGAAAGAUCAUCGUUCUGUGACCGGGCAAGUAACUGCUUUUGAUGGUUCCAUCCUCUACCUUCCUGUCAAGCUUCCACAGAAGGUUGAACUAGAAAGUGAGCGUAGAACAGAUGGCCAGAAGAUAAAACUUACUAUACAAAUGACCAAGAUCUUAGAACCCAGCUCAGACCUUUGCAUUCCAUUCUAUAAUGUUGUGAUCAGAAGAGUAAUGAAAAUUCUGGAUAUGAAGUUGGUUGGUAGAAAUUUCUAUGACCCCACAAGUGCCACAGUGCUGCAGCAAUACAGAUUGCAGGUAUGGCCAGGAUUCGCAGCCAGCAUACGCAGAACAGACGGAGGUCUGUUUCUUCUAGCUGAUGUCUCCCAUAAGAUUAUUCGGAAUGAUUCUGUACUGGACAUUAUGCAUAUUCUGUACCAACAAAGUCGCGAAAACUUUCAAGAUGAAGUUACAAAGCAGCUUUUGGGAAGCAUUGUGAUCACCAGAUACAACAACCGUACCUACCGCAUAGAUGACAUCGAGUGGAACAAGACCCCAAAAGAUGUCUUCACCAUGUCAGAUGGCUCAAAUAUUAGCUUCAUAGACUAUUACAGUAAGAAUUACGGCAUCACAGUGAAAGAAGUGGACCAGCCUCUCCUAGUUCACAGGCCCAAAGAGAGGAAAGAUGCUCGGACCAAGAUGUCAGGUUUGGUCCUACUGCUUCCAGAACUUUCUUACAUGACUGGCAUUCCGGAAAAAAUGAAAAAAGACUUUAAAGCCAUGAAGGACCUGACCCAACAGAUACAUCUGAGUCCUAAACAGCAUUACAUAUCCCUCGGAAAGUUGAUCAAAAGAAUUCAGAGUAGUGAGGAUUCACAGGUUGAGCUGCAAAGAUGGGGUUUACAAAUAGACUCUGAUAUACAUUUGACAUCUGGAAGGAUUCUACCAUUGGAGAAAAUUAACUUAAGGAAUAAUUCGUUCCCAACUGGACAGGACCUGAAUUGGUCCAGAGAAGUCACCCGUGAGCCAUCACUUUCAACUGUUGCCCUGCAUUAUUGGGUAGUAAUAUAUCCCAAACGUGCCUUUGCUCAAGCCAAGGACCUUACAAGCACCAUUGAAAAGAUUGCAGGGCCAAUUGGCAUGCGCGUGAAUCAGCCUAAUGCCGUUGAACUUCGAGACGACCGCGUAGAGACAUAUGCCCGAACCAUCAGGUCCCUGGUGGAAGGGGAGGCAAAAGUGCAGCUUAUUGUUUGCAUAAUAUCUGGGACCAGGGAUGACCUUUAUGGUGCCAUAAAGAAGUUGUGCUGUGUACAGACCCCUGUCCCUUCUCAGGUGGUGAACUCCAGAACAAUCUCUAAUCCACAGAAAAUGAGAAGCAUAGCACAGAAAAUCCUGUUACAGAUCAACUGCAAGUUAGGUGGUGAGCUGUGGGGCGUAGAUAUCCCAUUGAAAUGCUUGAUGGUCAUUGGCAUUGAUGUUUACCAUGAUCCCAGUCGAGGUUCACGGUCCGUGACCGGUUUUGUGGCCAGCAUGAACCAUGGUUUGACCAGUUGGUACUCACGUGUGGUUUUCCAGCUUCCUCAUCAGGAAAUCAUGGACGGCUUAAAGCUCAGCCUAGUGGCUGCCUUACAGAAAUUCCAUGAGCUGAACCAUAUGCUGCCAGAGAAGAUCAUCGUGUACCGCGACGGAGUGUCGGAUGGUCAGCUGAGUGUAGUUCAGAAUUAUGAGAUCCCACAGCUGCAGACUUGCUUCAGUGCAUUUGAGAACUAUUCACCCCGCAUGGUGGCAAUUGUGGUGCAGAAGAGAAUCAGUACCAAUAUGUAUUGUUCCACUUCUGGGGAAUUUGUUACUCCUGCACCAGGGACUGUGUUGGACCACACUGUCACCUCCCGUGACUGGGUGGAUUUCUACUUACUGUCUCACCACGUGAAACAGGGCUGUGGCAUUCCUACUCACUAUGUAUGUGUGAUGAACACGCUCAACCUUACCCCGGAUUAUUUACAGAGGUUGACAUUCAAGCUGUGCCACAUGUACUGGAACUGGCCUGGUACAAUCAGAGUGCCAGCCCCCUGCAAAUAUGCCCACAAGUUGGCCUUCCUGUCUGGCCAGUUUCUCCACCAUGAGCCGUCAUUUCAGUUGUGUGACAAGCUGUUUUUUCUUUAAAUGAAGAAGUCCAUGUUCAUUGCUUUAAAAUGAACCCCUUUAGGUUUUUAUUGCCCUGCCCAUAAGAUCAUGCUGAAUCCUAAGAUUUAGCUUUAACCUCUUCUAUUUUACAAUGGUUCCUUCGAUUUUUUGUUUUGCUGUUAGAGAAGGAAAGUCAAUGUUUACUCUAGACACAUUAAAACACCUUCCAAACACCUACGAAUUUACCCUGUUAUAGUGUGUGCGACCUUUACCACAUAACAUAGGUUCUUAUGAUAAGCACAAUGUCAUUCAAUAGGACCGGUCACAAGGCUACAUAACGGAAGCUGUCAGAGCGUGCUGGAAGUGAUAGUUUUGCUGCAGCUGGACUGCCAAAUGUGGAGAUCACUGGUGUCAACAAAAUCUGAACUUAAUGCAGCCACCACUAUGCUUGUAUAGUGGUGACUUAUUCUACAAAGCUGUACACAGAGAACUACCGCCACAUAAAGUCAGAUUGUUGAAAAAUUUGAUUUUCAUUUUAUAGCUGUUCCAUAAGAAGGCCACCUACAACCAAUAUGGCAACCAAUAUAGCUUGCACAGGGGUUUUCAACCAAUCCUGAAUGAUAAACCAUGUUGGGGUACAUUACUGUUUAUACAGGCAGAUUAGCCAUUCAAAUGUCUGAGAAAGUUUGGUCACAGGCCCUAUUGAAUUGAUACAACUAAGAAAAAAUUAGUAAUACAUGUAUUGGUUUCUUUUUUUUUUUUGUAUAUAAUAUACAGCUUGACAGAAGAUAGCAGGUCAGACAUUUAUGUUCAAGGAUCUCUGCAGGCACUGAGGGGGCAAAGCAUGAGACAAUAAGACAGAAUCAGCAUGUCAUAGCCCUCAAGCUCUGCAUAAGUUUACAUAUAAUACUGUUUUGUUUGUAGGGUUCUUUAACGGAUAGGGGAUAAGAUGUUUGAUCGCUGGGGACCCCUGCGAUCUCGGCUGCGGCACCCCAGACAUCCGUUGCAUGGAGCAAAUUCGCUCCGUGCCGGAUUACUGGCGAUGCAGGGCCCCCUCAAUGCAAGUCUAUGGGAAGGGGUGUGACCGCCGUUACGCCCCCUCCCAUAGACUUGCAUUGAGGGGUGUGGCCGUGACAUCACGAGCCUUCGGAGCUGCACCCAACGCUCUAAACAAAUGUGGGUGCAGCAGGGAGAUUACGGGGUCCCCGCGAUCAGAGAUUUUAUCGCCUAUCCUUUGGAAAUGGGAUAAGAUUGUCUAGGGGCGGAGUACCGCUUUAACAAGAGAUGUUGUUGACGUAACAAGAAUAUUGUAUUAAAAUAAUGGGGUUAUUUUAUUUUUAUUUUUUUCCUGGAUUCUUUUUCUUUCUCCCCUGUGGUUGGGCCGAAAUUUUUACACUGUAAUAUUGACGUCCACAAUAAAAGUGUCCCGCAGGAGUAGAACACAUCUACAUAUCUCUGUAGCAGGGUCUCCAUGUAUAAUUUGGUUAGAGAAUUCAGUGUUUCAGAUAUAGUUGUCUUUAAAGCAUUACUGUGAUUAAAAUAAAUAACAAAAAGACUUUCGAAAUGUCAUGCAGAUUUGUCAAAAGUUUUGAUCAGUCGUGGUCUCAGUGCUGAGAUCUUCACCAAUCUCUACAUAUAGCCAGGAAUAGCAAGGAUAUAUAGCCAUAUAGCAAGGAGUGGGCUCUGUUAUAGUGUAUUGAGCCUGUCCCCUGCAAUGAGAUGGUUUGGUCAGGGAUUGAACCCUGCUAAAACUAGAGAUUGGUGCUCAGAUCCCAAUCAAUUAACACAGUUGAGAUAUCUACCUGACAUGUUAAAAGUUUUUUUUUAAGACAGUUUUUCACUACUUAAAAUGAAUCUGUCAGCUGCAAAUCACGCUCCAGACUGCUGACACUGUUAGAUGCUGUUAGGACAUAGAGACACAUGGGACCUUCCAUAUUUCUGUCUGUGCAUCCAUGACAUAGAAAAAUGCUUUUACUCUCCGGUGUCAAAGAGGUGUUCCCAAGAUGCUGAAGUGCUAAGGGGUGGAACAGCCUACUUGUUUACCCUCCCAUCCCUGUCCCUGCUUGAUUGACAGUCAGCUGAAAGCCAAGCCCUGUUUCCUAAUCUUGCACCAGCGCACAAUUUGUUUUCACAGCGCAGGAUGAUUUGUAAACGGCUCUUCUUCCAGCCGACUGUCAUUCAAGGGGGAAGAGCAAGGAGACGUUCUAGGCUAAAGUAAUUUGGCACCAGAGAAUAAAAACAUUUGUCUCCUUGUCCUAACAACUAUCUUAUCAGUGUCAGUAGUUGGGAACAUUAAUUUCAGCUGACAGAUCCCCUUUAAAAUAAAUGAGUAUUGGUGAGUCCUAGCAGUCGUACUCUCAUGGAUGUCAAAACAAAGGGGCUGCAGUGCUCUUCCAGCUUUUCUCCCAUUUGCUUUACCUAGGAAACACCUAUAGACUAUAAUAGGCUAACCUGGCGACCUGGAAACCUAUGUACAGUAAACACAGCCACUUUCAGCACUACGUAGUAGACUCAGCAAUAGAAUUAUUGACCAUUCAUUAUUACAUUCUAUCAGUAAGCAAUAAAAUUAACUAAAAUAGGAAGCGGUUUCCUGACAUUCAUUAUGAUUCUUUAUAGUCACAACAUAUUCUGUAGUGCUUUACAGAUAUGAGCUGUAAUAUUUGCAUUUACUUUUUAAAGCUAUUUCCAGUUAAUAUAGAUUUGAGUCUUGAUUCCAGCCUUUGAUCACCUCUCUACCCAAAACCCCAAUAAUAAGAGGAGCAGAUAGAAAAUGUCCACCCACCUGUUGCCAGACCAAAGAGAAGCCCUGCUCUGUAUACCUGAUACACACUUAGUUUUAUUCAGCAAGAAGACAAGACUAUCAUUAAGUUGUGCGUUCCAGCUGAAUGCAUCUUCUUGCAUGUCGUAUAGGCAGAUCUGAAGGUAAAGUCAUCAAAGGACAUUUCCAACCUAAAAUUGGCUGUAUGUUGGAACAUAAGAUGUUAGAGCAGUAGCCAAACAAGUGUUUAUGUUCCCUUUACUUACAGAAAUGCUGACUUUUUUUUGAUAAUUUUUGCGUAAGCGAUAACAAUAACUGCAGCCCUGUUAGUUGUCACCUUUAAAUUAGUUUUUUUGUUAUUGGAUGAACAGGCAAGAAAUCUGGGAGCUAAAUUUUUGAGACAUAAUUUUAGCAUUAAGAUUUUAAGGAAUACUCCAGUGCAUGAAC